AGGAAUAUUAUUAUAGGAAGCUUUACUUUGCUUCUCUGGUUAUUAUAAUUUUGAAUUUUUGACUUAUCAGUUUUAAAGGGCAGGUUUUCUUCCAAAAUAUUUAGUUAAUAUUUAGUUUUGCGAACGAUAAGAUGAUUCGUUAUUUAAAAAUUGUAGUAUGUGUAUUUCUCGUAUAUUUCGUAGCCGACGUGUUCUGCAUAAAAUGCUGGAGCUGUAGAUCGAACAAUGACCCCAAAUGCGCUGACCCGUUCGAUAACAAAACAGUACCAAUAACCGAUUGUAACGAAGAGAAGGGAUUGAUCAACUUUCCUGGUUUGAGACCAAACAUGUGCCGCAAGAUAAGGCAAAAAGUUAAUGGUGAAUGGCGUUACUUCCGAGGCUGUGCAUACUUGGGCGAAGUAGGUAUUAAGGGUGACGAAAGAUUCUGCUUGAUGAGAACAGGGACAUAUAAUAUCUUCAUUGAAUACUGCACUUGUAACAGUAAAGAUGGAUGCAAUUCAUCAGGCAUUGUCAGCCCUAUGCCUUUCUUGUUAAUAUCUCUUAUAACUCUGUAUUUGAAAUGCUUCAGCUAGGCUAGGCUUAAUUUUAUUAAGGAACCGAUUAUUUGGACUAUAAUAUAUAUCCUGGAUAACAUUCAUGAUAAAAAUAUUUCAAAAAUAUAAAGCAAAGCAUUAGGUACCAAAAAUAAUGAACUCUUGAAAUAAUACACUGCUAAUUAAUGUGGUUGAAAGCUAAACUAUGGUGUAAUUAACUAUGGUGCCUGUAAAAAGGGCCCCCAUACACAAUACCACCUGUUGUUUCAGACUGAUUGAGUAUACGUCAAUAUUGUAAAAAACUUACUUAAUUGAGGAUUACAACAAUCUUGCAAUGAGGCAGCUUAUGGCUUUUGCGAUCUAUGUUUUGAUCUUUGUAAUAUUCUGAUACAGUAUUUAUAACGUUUGGCUUUCUGUGAUGCCAUAUUCUGUUGCAAAUAAGUAACGGAAAUUUCUUUAAAAACUUAAGAUUGAUUGGAGCAAGGGAUGGUUAUGUGAAUGGGGCCUUUAAUAGAUGUCCAGAUAAUCGGGUUUCCGUAAACUUAACUUAAAUUUUACAUAUCAGAAGUGCACAAAAUUAUUUUGCUAUGCCUUGAACCAAAAGCAACACACCCAGUUCCAGUAUUCAUCUACAUCCCAUCAUCAUCGUCAGUCAUUUUGGAAUGUUUGUUUGGUCUUUGUCUGGUCAACUGCAUCAUCACAUUGCAGUCAAGGGCUAGCUUGUAGUGGAAUAAAAAAAAGGGUUUUCCAAACUAUGUUUUCUUGAAUCUUUGUUAAAUAUUGUCAUCAGAGUGUUGCUACUAUUGUAUGUUCUAAGAUUUAUGAAAUAAGAAAAAUGUAAUUAAAUACUUAAUUUUGAUUCUCGAUCUUCCAUAAUAAUGUUAGAUCUGUUAAAUGGAUCUUUGUACCGUAGAUGCACACAUCACCAACUUUGGUCUUCAGCACAGUGUUUUGUACACACUUAAGAUUGAGUAAGUGCCAUUGUCUGCAUUUUUAUAUACCGUAUCAAAAAGACGUCGCAGACACUACCAUUGCAUUGGUUAGAUUUGUUUACAUACUGGCAAGUUUGGUUAAUUCAUAUUAAAGUUCCAUCAUUUUGCUUGCCAAACUAUGCUUAGGUAUUUGUAUGCUAUUAUUUUAUUUUACAAAAACAGGCUUUGUUAUUGUUGAAACUAUAGCUAUGUGUUGAGCUAUAUUUAAUCGUGACUAUUUUACCAACAAAGCUUUGUUACUUUACAAACUUAGCUACUUUAGAAUCAGAUUAGAAAUAGCUAUAUGAAAUGAUGACUUUUUUUACAAAUGGAGCUUUCUUACUGUAGAAACUUAUAUAUAAUAUGAAGGUGUAAUUAUUACUGUGUAAUAUGAAAGUGUACUUUAACAAAACAGCUUUGUUACUAUUGUUUAUGGAGGGUAGAGGUAAGGAGAGUCAUCUUAUAUGGGAGAAAAGUUGAAAAAGUGUCCAG